GGCACCCACGAGACACAGCAUCGUGCUUGGAAUUUAAAAUGCACGGCAAACAGAAGGAGCAGGUGUUACUAGCUGGGGGAAGUGUGACAAGUGCUAAAGUGAUAAAUGUGCCUCCAACCCCUUUCUCGAGGCGAGGAUGCUGUCAGCCUCAUCCAGACGGCUCAGCUGAUGGCCACACGCUUUGAGGGGGGGAAAAAAGGUGUGGAAAACGUGAAGUUGUUGGAUCGCUACGCCAACAGGAAGGCAGCGAGCGGGACGCUGUACCUGACAGCCACACACCUGAUCUACGUGGAUGCCUCUGCUGAAGUCAGGAAGGAAACAUGGAUCCUGCACCACCACAUCUCCAGCGUGGAGAAGCUGCCCCUGACCACGGCUGGGUACCCCCUGCUCAUCCACUGCAAGAACUUCCACGUGGCUCACUUUGUGAUUGGGCAGGAGAGGGACUGCCACGAUGUGUUCACCUCUCUGCUCAAGCUCUCCCAGCCAGUGAAACCUGAAGAACUUUAUGCUUUCUCUUACAAUCCUAAAAUGUCCAAAGAGAGCCGGGAGAUGGGAUGGAAACUGAUUGAUUUGAGACUGGAUUACCAGCGCAUGGGAAUUCCCAACGACUCCUGGGAAAUAACAGAUAUUAAUAAAGACUAUGAGGUUUGCAGCACAUACCCUCCUGAGAUCGUGGUGCCUCGAGCUGCCACCAAGGCCGUGGUGAUGGGAAGUUCCAGGUUCAGGAGCCGAGGGCGGAUUCCGGUGCUUUCUUACUUAGACAAGGAAAACAAUGCUGCCCUGUGCCGCUGCAGCCAGCCCCUGGCUGGGUUCAGUGCUCGUUGCCUGGAGGAUGAGCAGAUGCUCCAGGCCAUCCGAGAGGCCAACCCCGGCUGCCCCUUCAUGUAUGUUGUAGACACGAGGCCAAAGUUGAAUGCCAUGGCCAACAGAGCUGCUGGGAAGGGCUAUGAGAAUGAAGAUAAUUAUGAAAACAUUCGUUUUAAAUUCAUUGGCAUAGAGAACAUCCAUGUGAUGAGGAGCAGCCUGCAGAAACUGCUGGAAGUGUGUGAGAUGAAGUCUCCCUCCAUGAGUGAUUUCCUGACGGGGCUGGAGAACUCGGGCUGGUUACGGCACAUCAAGGCUGUGAUGGAUGCAGGUGUCUUCCUGGCCAAGGCUGUGAGGGAGGAGAGGGCCAGCGUGCUGGUGCACUGCUCCGACGGCUGGGACCGCACGGCCCAGGUCUGCUCCCUGGCCAGCCUGCUCCUGGACCCCUUCUACAGGACCUUCAAAGGCUUCAUGGUCCUGAUAGAAAAAGAAUGGAUUGCAAUGGGCCACAAGUUCUCACACAGGUGUGGCCACCUGGAUGGGGACCCCAAAGAGGUGUCCCCUGUGUUCACACAGUUUGUGGAGUGUGUGUGGCAGCUGAUGCAGCAGUUCCCCUGCUCCUUCGAGUUCAGCGAGCGCUUCCUGCUGGAGAUCCAUGACCACGUGUACUCCUGCCAGUUUGGCAACUUCCUGGGCACCUGCCACAGGGAGAGAGAGGAGCUCAGAAUCUUUGAGAAGACCCAUUCCCUGUGGCCUUUCCUCUUGCAGAGGAAGCAGGAGUUGAGAAAUCCUUUGUACAGAGGCUUUACAGCUUACAAAGAGCUUCAACCAAACACUCUACCUUUCAGUUUCCAGUUCUGGUGUGGGAUGUACAACCGCUUUGACAAGGGCAUGCACCCCAAGCAGUGUGUGCUGGAUCAGCUGCUCAGCUGCACCAGCCAGAAGGUGACACUGGAGGACAACGCAUCCCAGCUGCAAAACAAACUGCCUGUCCUCGAUGGCCCCUUGCCCAGCAAAGGCUGCACCUGGCCCGAGGCAGGAGCUGCUGCUGCCGAAGCCUCACCUCCUCCUCAGGACUGUGCAGAGGGAGCAGCCCCAGCGCUGAGCAAUGGCCCCUCCCUGGGCCACCAGAAGCACAAGGAGAGCCCAGCCCAGCCCCAGGAUCUCGGAGCCUGCAGGGAGGAUGGGCAGGCUCAGCACCAGGGAUGA